CUUUGAACGAUACUUUCUCCAGAAACGUCGAAAUGGCAGAUAUUGGUCUCCGCAAAUACAUCGACAACAUGGUGUCAAAGAGCUCCAAGGGUAUCUUGAUUCUGCUGAUUCUUUGUGCAAGCAUCACUUCAACUACUGGAGGAUGCGACAGCUCCAUAAUGAAAGGACUAAACAUCUCGGCAUCUUAUGCCGAUUAUUUCCACCUCAACACCGCCACCCUCGCUCUCAACUUUUCAUGCGUUUGGGCUGGAAGCGCGAUUUCGGACCUCUUCUAUGGCCAGAUUACGAAUUCCCUGGGAAGCAGCCUCGCCAUGGCGAUCAUCUUCCAAGAUAAUGGCAGCUUCGAUGAGAUCGCCGCCUUGCAGGGGGGCUUUCCGCCGGAGAUAGGAGAGCUCGAAUAUGUCGUUGAAAAAAUCGUGAGAAACUCCUACCAAAGAAGACUCUCUCCAAUCCUUCCAAAAAUUGGUUUCUUGACAAUCUCAAAUAAGGGCUUGGAUCAGGACCUAAAGAUCUUCACACCUUGUCUCAUCUGCAUCCUGAAUGGAGGUAAAGGGGCUAGCAAUGGCGAAUUGAAAGAUGUAUUCUUCUAA